CAUCGCGUCAAGCCAGACGCACUGACGGCGGAGAGAGAGCAGCCAGCCGCUUCUAUUCAGAAUAAAAGUCCCACAGCUGUGGUUGUUGGCGUGAACACGGCCUUUACUGUGAAGCUGCAGCCGGACGCAGCGCUGUGAGGCUGUGACGGGGUAUCGGUUACCGGGAGCGACUCUGCGGCUCUCACGGACAUGAGGCGGUAGCGGCUCGUCUUCACUCUCCGUUUCUCUCCGUCGACCGACGGGACGCCCGUGAUGGAUAAUGCUCAUACUAAGACGGUGGAGGAGGUUUUGGGCUUCUUCAGUGUGAAUGAGUCUACAGGUCUGAGCUGUGAGCAGCUGAAGAAGACCAGGGAGAGAUGGGGACCCAACGAAUUGCCAGCUGAAGAAGGGAAGUCACUUUGGGAGCUGGUCCUGGAACAGUUUGAGGAUCUGUUGGUUCGAAUCCUGCUGCUGGCUGCAUGCAUCUCCUUUACACUGGCUUGGUUCGAAGAAGGGGAGGGGACAAUCACAGCCUUUGUUGAGCCCUUCGUCAUCCUCCUCAUCCUCAUCGCAAAUGCUAUUGUGGGAGUAUGGCAGGAGCGUAACGCAGAGAAUGCCAUUGAGGCUCUGAAGGAGUACGAGCCAGAGAUGGGCAAGGUGUACCGACAGGACAAGAAGAGCGUCCAGAGAGUCAGAGCCCGAGACAUCGUUCCUGGAGACAUUGUGGAGGUGGCUGUUGGUGAUAAGGUCCCAGCUGACAUCAGGCUGACCUCCAUCUGUUCCACCACUCUGAGGGUAGACCAGUCCAUUCUGACAGGGGAGUCUGUAUCGGUGCUCAAACACACAGACCCUGUACCGGAUCCCCGAGCCGUCAACCAGGACAAGAAGAACAUGCUCUUCUCUGGCACCAACAUUGCAGCGGGCCGUGCCAUCGGGGUUGUCGUGGCAACAGGGGUGCAGACAGAGAUUGGGAAGAUCCGAGAUGAGAUGGCCGCCACUGAACCUGAAAGGACCCCACUACAACAGAAACUAGACCAGUUUGGAGAACAGCUGUCUAAGGUCAUCAGUGUGAUCUGUGUGGCAGUGUGGGCCAUUAAUGUGGGGCACUUCAAUGACCCGGUCCAUGGAGGCAGCUGGCUGAGAGGAGCUGUUUACUAUUUCAAGAUCGCUGUUGCGCUGGCUGUAGCUGCCAUACCAGAAGGCCUCCCGGCAGUCAUCACUACCUGCCUGGCUCUGGGCACCAGGAGGAUGGCGAGGAAGAACGCCAUCGUCCGCAGCCUGCCAUCAGUGGAGACGCUGGGUUGCACAUCUGUUAUCUGCUCUGACAAGACAGGAACACUGACCACCAACCAGAUGUCAGUCUGCAGGAUGUUUGUGGUAGACAGUGUGUCAGGGGAGCGUUGCAGCCUGAGCGAUUUCGCAGUGACUGGAUCUACUUACGCCCCUGAAGGGGAAGUUUAUAAGGAUGGCUCAGUGGUGAAGUCCAGUCGGUAUGAGGGCCUGGUGGAGAUGGCCUCCAUCUGUGCACUGUGCAAUGACUCAUCACUGGACUACAAUGAGGCAAAGGGUGUGUUUGAGAAGGUCGGGGAGGCAACGGAGACUGCUCUCUGCUGUCUGGUGGAGAAAAUGAAUGUGUUCGACACUGACCUGAUAGGACUGAGCCCUGCUGAGAGAGCUACAGCGUGCUGCUCCGUGAUUAAGCAGCUGAUGAGGAAGGAGUUGACGUUGGAGUUUUCCAGAGACAGGAAGUCCAUGUCUGUCUUCUGUUCAUCCAAUAAACUCACCAGGUCGGCCUCUGGAGCCAAGAUGUUUGUCAAGGGCGCUCCAGAGAGUGUGUUGGAGCGAUGUAAUUAUAUCCGGGUCAGCGGUUCCUCUCGUGUGCCAUUGAGCCCGGCGGUUCGAGAGCAGAUCCUGUCCACUGUGAGGGAAUGGGGAUCGGGCCGAGACAUGCUGCGUUGCCUCGCCAUGGCAACCAGGGACACGCCCCCUGACAUCCACUCCCUCAACCUGGAGAACUCAGCUGUCUUUGGUGACUAUGAGUCCGACCUGACCUUUGUGGGCUGUGUGGGCAUGUUGGACCCCCCCAGGAAAGAGGUGCUUAGCGCAGUCCGAAUGUGUCGGCAGGCUGGCAUCAGAGUCAUCAUGAUCACAGGUGACAACAAAGGGACAGCCCUGUCUAUCUGUCGGAGGGUGGGCAUCAUCACGGAGCAGGAGGAGGAGCAGGAGGGGGUUAUUGGGGGCCUGACGGGGCGGGAGUUUGACGAGCUGCCCCCUCACCUGCAGCGUCAGGCCUGCAGGACGGCGAGGUGCUUCGCCCGGGUGGAACCGGCACACAAGAGCCGUAUUGUGGAGUACCUGCAGAGCCUUGAUGACAUCACAGCCAUGACAGGCGACGGGGUGAACGAUGCGCCUGCAUUGAAGAAGGCGGAGAUCGGCAUCGCUAUGGGCAGCGGCACGGCGGUGGCUAAGUCAGCCUCUGAGAUGAUCCUGGCUGAUGACAACUUCUCCACCAUUGUGGCUGCAGUGGAGGAGGGCAGAGCCAUUUACAACAACAUGAAACAGUUCAUCAGAUACCUGAUCUCAUCCAACAUAGGAGAGGUGGUCUGUAUUUUCCUGACGGCCGCACUGGGCAUGCCUGAAGCACUGAUCCCAGUCCAGCUGCUAUGGGUCAACCUAGUCACCGACGGUUUCCCAGCAACAGCUCUGGGCUUCAACCCUCCAGAUCUGGACAUCAUGUCCCGCCCCCCACGCUCCCCCAAAGAGCCUCUGAUCUCCAGCUGGUUGUUCUGCCGCUACCUCAUCAUCGGAUGUUAUGUGGGAGCUGCCACUGUCGGAGCUGCUGCCUGGUGGUUCAUGGCAGCCCACGACGGACCAAAGCUUUCCUUCUAUCAGCUGUCCCACUACUUGCAGUGCAGUGAGGGCCACGCUGAGUUUGCUGGUGUGCAGUGUUCAGUCUUUGAGUCUCCUUAUCCAAUGACUAUGGCCCUGUCGGUCCUGGUUACCAUAGAGAUGUGCAACGCCUUGAACAGUCUUUCAGAGAACCAGUCACUGCUGAAAAUGCCUCCCUGGUCAAACCCCUGGCUGGUGGGGGCCAUCUGUUUGUCCAUGGCUCUACACUUCCUCAUUCUAUAUGUCGACCCCCUGCCGGUGGUUUUCCAGAUACGCCCUCUGUCCUGGACUCAAUGGGUGGUGGUGUUGAAGAUGUCACUUCCUGUCAUCUUGAUGGACGAGGCUCUCAAGUUCCUGGCCCGCAACUACAUUGAGCCAGGAAGCCAGGUCCAGACCCUGGAAGAGGAAGAGGAGCUGCGGAGGAUGGGGCCUAGCACGGGAUUGGCCGGGUGCAUGAUGACGAGUCUGCGCCAGUCGCUGAAGGGCGUGUCCUGGUCGUUCGUCAUGAUCUCUGCACCGCUAUUGAUCUGGAUCUUCAGCCUGGACUCUGACAUCACCAACAUCUUCUGGGAGUGAUGGAAGAACGAGAGGAGGGGCGGACUGUGGGGGGAGAGAAGAAAGAGACCAUCUACAGAAGGACUGUUGGAAUGAGAUGCAGAGGAUUGGGUCUGUAUGGGUGAGGUGAAGUGAGGUCAGAAAGAAACAAGAUGAAUAAUACAAGAAUGUAAGGGAUAACAAGUGAAUUAUGAAACAGACAAUCAGAUAACACCAAGAAGGAAAGAACACCUCCUCCUCAGUACUAAAAGGUGCUAUGUGUAGCAUUUCAUCUGAAUCCCAUAGCUCACCUAGACUCUACUGCUAUGAGUUAGGAAGGCCUAGGCCCAGUGAGCCUAUCCAGCACCUGGGCCCAGAGGGAAAAAUGUCUCUGACAUGAUAUCGCUUUAGCUGUAAUUUAAUGUUAACCUUUACAUUCUAAAAUACUACGGUUUACACGUUAAACAUGAGCAUGUUAGCAUGCUAUAACCCACACAAUGUAAUCAUCAGUGGUUCCCAGCUGCUCUGGCUCCUCAGAGGUUGCAUCUAUUUAUAUUGUUGCAGUAGCUAUUCAGAAAACCUUCUUUCAUUUUGACUAGCAACUUCCAACUAGUAAUCUACUAAAAUAGAAAGCACCAAUUUAAGUGACCAAAGUCUAUAGCCCCUCUCACCCUGGACAAAAGACCAACAUCUGGCUUUUGUCCUCAGUAGUAAAGGUAACGAUCGGCCUCCGUUCACAGGACAAAUGUCUCUUCUUUUUUGGUGGACUACAGUUUUUCAAACCAAUAUUUCACCAUUUCUGCCUGUUCUGUUUGUUAAAUCUUAAUAUUAGAUUUACAUCAUACAUUUGCAUCAUACUAUUUUAAGUGGACACUAAAGCCAUGCACUGUGUUACAGUUUAACAUAUUGAAUUCAUUUAAAUCAAACUGAAGAGCAGCAGAUACAGAAACCCUUAAUAAGUAAUAUGUGUUGUAAGCUACUGUAAUGUCGAGCGUUUUGAAGUGUAGUUAGAAGUUUAGAAAUGAUUUUGAUAGAAAAUGAAUUUUCUAUAGCACAUGUGUUUUUCUGGUCCAGACAACCAGAAUUUUACUACGUAUAACUCAUAUUUGGCCCCUGUCUCCUAACCCACCAUCAAGAGUGUCAAUGCUACAUGUUGCACCUUUUAGAUGUCUGUUUGAAAAAUGAGUGGAUCACAUAGAAGAAGGAGAGCAGUGCUGAGUGGUCUCAAAUCAAACACACGCACACGCCCGUUACGUCCACACGGUUAUUCACCAGUAAUGCUUUGUGGUCUUAACAGGCGAUGAGGCCAGACGACUAGAUGUACAAUAGAAACCCCCAACCGGCCUCUGCAGCCGCCUUCAUGCUGCCAAGCAAAGAUACCACAUUAUUGUUCAACCUACCUUGUAGAUACUGUACAUGAGACUAAAACAAGCAUUUACCUGAGAGGGAAGACAGCUAGCAGACCAUUACAGGAUGCAUGUCAGCGCACGUCACACAUUUAUAACACGUUUCAAAGCCGCAGACAAGCUGUGACUGCUGGAUUCUGCAGGAACACGUCAUUUUCUGCAGAAUGUGGGUGUAAAAGGAGACACUACAGGUGAAUAGGGUAAAACAUUCUACUAAUAAAUAUCACCAUGCAUUUUCCCCAGAUGAUUAGUCACAUUAAAACAGUUAUUUUUUGUAUUACAAGUUUUCUGAAAGUCACUGUUCAGAAUGAGGCAUCAUUUUAUGACACAUGUGCUACUUACAUUUCCAGAACAUAAAGAACUGGAUGAAGCCAGGUUCACAAUCCUUGUUUCAUUUUGUUGACAUAUUAGAGUCAAGUGUUUUUACAGGGGGAAUAUUAGGUACAGUAUCUCUUUGUAUCACUCAUAAAUAAGAAAAUACUAUCAACAGACAUAAAAAAAACUAAAAAAAACUAAUUUCUCUGUGUUUUUAGUUAUAGAAUGUUACAUAUUUAAAUCAGACUAUGAAUGAUGUAUGAACAAGCCCCUCUGGAAAAACCCUCAGAAUAUAGAGAGGAAUGAAACUGCAAAGUUCUGUGUAUGUAAGAGCUACUGAAGUGGAUCAGUGUCUGAGAAAAACUCAUCUUAAGGAUAUCCUUUUUUCAAUAACAUACAUGUUGAAGACACAACAAGUAAAUAGGGUAAAAAGAUGAACUAAUUUAUAUCACCAUGAAAGUUCCCCAGCUGAUUACGGACAUGUAGAAAAUGAUUCUUUGUUUAAAUAUGCAAAUGCGACAUUAUCUGAUGGUCACAUUUGGUGAAAUUAGGAAAACUCUACAGACGCAAAUAGACAAAGUAGUAAAAUACACACCAACAUGUGUAUUUUAGAUGUUUACUUUUCACGAGUAUGAAAGAAGACAUGAUGGAAGAAAAAAUAGCCAAAAUCUCAAAAUUGUGUGUGCAUGAAAACAAUGUUUUUGCCUGUAGAGUCUGGCCUUAAAGUGAGGUGUAAAUGUACAGCUGGGUGUCUACAGGUUGUAAAAGGGAUCACAUGUCCUCAACAGUGAAUGCAGUUCCUCAUAGCAUUUAAAGGCCAGUCAUUCUGAUAGAGCUACAGUUCAGUAUCCUUCUUUGUCUCUCUGUUGAUUGUUACUGACACUGAAAAGCUGAGAAGGUCUUAAAUGUAACUUGACUUGACAUCCUGAUGCUUCAUAGACAGACUGAAGCAGACUUAAAGCCUUCACAUACGUUGAGUCUGUUAUCUAUAUUCAUGUUUAAACUGCUACCUGUAUGUAACCCUAUUAAUCUGGUUCUUGGUGUUAGGGCCUUGUUAUACUUCACUCCACCGGUCCGGCUCAGGACACUGCUGCGUUGCUUGCUACUUCAGAGUCGGCCAUUGUGUCGGUGAACUGGAAAUGAUUUCAUUUCUCUGAUUAGCAGAGCUGUCACACGUAGAGUCAUUGUAGAAUGCCAUCAGGAGUCUCACAGCAGGCCUGACGCCGAGUCGCUGCUCUACUUCAAUGUCUUUUCUGUGCGAAUCAGCCAUUUUCUCCGGUGAUGCCAUUGUGACAUUGAAGGGAUUUUUUUUUCUUAAUUCAUGAACAAAGCGUUUUUGAUUCAUGUUAUUACAAUUACUUUUGUUGUAUAUAACAUUUAGUAUCAGGGCCACUGUUAAAAAAGCAAAAUCUGAGAUUUAAAAAGUAAAGUCAUGUUCUGGGAGCAAAGUCAUUAUUUUACAAGAAAGAAAUCCUAACUCUUUUACAUGAUCUAAUACUUUUAUGAGAAAAAAUGUCAUAACAUGCAAGUAAAGUCACAGUACUCUUUGUACUAGUCUUCUCUCCUCUGAGCGCGGUCCAGCUGUACAGCUUAAUUUGUAAUUUACCAAAAAUAUACACACAAAAAGUUGUGACUUUAUUCUUGUUAUAUUGGGACCAUUUCAAAAUUAUGACUUUACUCUUAAUAUUAUGGCAUAUUCUUAAAAAAUGCUAUUUUUUACUAGUAAAGUUGCCACUUUAUUCUUGUAAAAUGGUGUUUCAGAAUCAUGACUUUACUCAUAAUAAUAUUACUUUUUAUGAUCAAAUUGUGACUUUAUUCUUGUUAUUUUCAGAGGUGUUAAACCAGCUCAGGCAGUUCUUUUUGUUUUUCUUUCUGUUUUUUCUUUUCUUUCUUUAUCUUUCAUUUGUUUCACUACUAUUACUUGCUAAGUAGCCAAACCCAUAGAAGACAUUUUUGCAUCUUUCUGCCAUGUUUUGUUUUGUUUGCUUUUGCUCAAUUCAUGAUAAUGGAAUAUUUAGAUUGUGACACUAAGUCAGAAGAAACACCUGUAGAUGCCCUUAAUUAGUGAGUAUUUACUGUCAGUUUGCAUUAUUUAUUCAUAUUUAAAUUUUCUGCAAAGGUGUAUUAUACCCAAUGACCAACUCCUCUUAUUAUUAUUAUUAUUAUUAUUAUUAUUAUUUUAUUUUUUAUCAUUGUUGUUGGCUCACACUGGUGAGUGGAUGGAAGGGUUGAUAUGGUUCCAGACUGUAACAGUAAAUGAAUAGUUGUUUUUGACUGACUCACCUGUUUAUAUAUAUGUUUAUAUAUAUAUAUAUAUAUAUAUAUAUAUA